AGUGAGUCCAUCGUUCCGUCGAUGGAAUUCGCGUGACGUCAUCAGUCGUAGUGCGAACAUAACGCACGAAGGAGACGCCGAUUUAGUCAGACAUAAGAUCAAUAUGAACGGUGUAACUGAGUCUGUAAAAGUGUGUCGUUGCGAUCUGGACACUGGUUGAUUUCUUGAAGGGACCUUGUCGACAAAACGGUCGGAGCGUGAAGCUGACCGCUCACCUCCAUCUAGUGCUGAUUUGGAGUAGUGUGGUGCCUACGCGUUGCGACAACCCGCGAUCAAUACGUGCUAUCUUUUGUUCUGUUGAAACCACGCACUGUCAUGCUGAUAACGUGUUGCGACGGCGCGGGCGGAUCAAUGGCGUUCGCAGCUGGUGUGUGCUCGUCACGGCGUUAAUUAUGACUUGAACAACGAAAACCACUUGUUAUCUGUGAUACCUUGAUAAUAGUGCUUUAUUUCAAUGUGUUGACGCGCUGCAAUGGAGUCGACCCAUCAUGUGAACGUCCCCCUGAGAGCGGGUAAGAAGAUGAAGAAACGGAAAGAACUGGAUGCUCUUGUGGCCCAUUCGGGCCCUGGGAAGCGUGUGGGGGGCGGCGGUGGAGGGGCUAGCUCUCAGGACCAGCUUCUAUCCGAGUCCACUGAUGAGCAAGAUGAUUAUUGGAGUGGAAAAGACCGAGGUAGCGGCGGGAGCAAUGGCGGGGGCGGAGGCCCUCGGUGUCGCCUGAUUCUCCGUCGACGUGUGUGUGGCUCGCUGCUACGUGCGUGCACUGCGGCUCUCGUGUUUGCUUGCGUAGUUGCCACUACUACUGUCAUGUGGCUCUUUAUCGACAUCCGGGAGCAGGUGACUUCCCUGCGCAAUGAGCUCGACCAAGUUGCCGCAGGUAGUCAGGGAGUUCCAGAGGAGCUUCAAAAAUGCCAUUCACUGUCCAGAGAGCUCCAGCAGAACCAGACUGCGCUGUCCAAAAACCUUUCCACCCUCACUCUACAGCUGGAGAAUUUCAGUACUCAGCUAUCAGGGGUCCAGGCUGGACUGCAUGUUGUAGAGGAGAGACUGAAGGCUGCUCCGGAGCUCGUGAAUCUUCCAGAAGAUGUUCAGAGUCUCUCAACCAGUGUGGCUUCAUUUGGCAGCCAGAUUCGUGACCUUAACACAACUGUCACAAUGCUUAAGGGUGAGAACGGCCAGCUACAGGAAGCUUCCAAGACCCUCCUUGAAAAUGUCACUUCUCUCAAGCAAAGAGUGGCAGAACUAGCAAAUGUAUCGCAGCAGUCGCAGAUACACUCGACAGAAGGUAAUGCUGAGAAAGAAGAAACGCAGUCUGUCAUCAGGCAGCUGUCUGCGAACAUAAUUCUCGUAAAUGACACACUAAGCAAGAAACUCCAGUGGGUUGUGGAAGAUGAAGUCAAGGAUCAUAAGUCAGUCCUUGGACUGGAGGACUUGAGCCAAAAUGUGAGUGCUCGUCUCACGACGCUGGAGGGUAGCUGUGUCAAGUUUUCAUUAUACAGUGCUCUCAAUAACACGGUUGGAAAACUCUCGCUUAAGGUGACGAACGGCGAGAAGCAGCUGAAUGAGUUGGCUGGGAAGGUGUCACAGCUGCAGACACAAACCGAUCAACUUGAAAGGAAUGAAACACUGUUGUUGUCACAGAUUAAUGAAAUUUUUAACAGACCAAGCCCUAAAAUAGCUGCAAACCCUGAAACUGCCUUGCAUUCAGAACUUCUUACUACACAAGGAACUUACACUUCUGAAGACGACUCACCAUUGCUCAGUCCAUCCAACUGACAAGUUAUAACGCAACUUGAUACUUUAUCCCUUGUUCUGUGCAGCAAUGGGAGAGGAGCAUAUUCAAACUACAUGGACGUCUUUUGUGAAACAAAAGCAAAAUUACAGCAUCGGUGAUUAUUUAGUCUUACAUAAUUUGUAGAACAUUAUAUUUUUAAUAGUGUAUUGAAAGAUUAUCUCUGUUGCUGCAUCAGUAAUUUGUAUUAACGACCUUGGUCUCAAUUGAAUCCACUUUUAAAAAUAUUCUUGUGUACUUUAUGCACUCAUGAAUGUUCUUUCUCUCUGUUUCAUUUUGUACUUGAUUCCACCUAAAUUAUCUUUACUUGUGAAUGCCAAUGUAAGCUUUGCUCUUUUCAUCACAGUAUGCCAGAGUUUUACAGUGUCACAUACUUUAAAUCAGCAACUGAAUUACAAAUGCCCACCCAAUACAGUAAAAUCUCCAUAUAAUUUAAUGUGGGGACUUGGAUUUUAACAUUAGUGAGGAAAAAUUAUAAUUCUUUCUUCCCAAAUCCUAGUGUGUUUGUUACCUAGAUUGGUGUAUGCUGCUUCAUCUUGAGAUGAAUCUGUAUUAUAUGCAUUGCAGUUUUUUAAAUUUUCCUGCUAAAAUUGAGAUACUCACAUCAUGUUGAUAUCAGUAUUUGCAGAAAAAAGGUCUGGUAUAUUGUGCUUGGUGUUACCAAAUUUUUUAAUGAAAGGGUUAAAAUGUUGAUGGGAAUCUGAAAAGUAAAAUAGCAAAAUUCUUUGAGAAUACUUUUCACUGAAUUGUUAUGUUAUUACACAGAAAAUAAGACACAUAUUUGUACUGUUUUAAACAUGAUCGCAGCCUAUCAAGACAUUGGUUUUAUCCGCACAAUGAGAUUUUUAUCCAUGUCAUUGCAGUAAAGCUUUGGGUUCAGCCCCUGUAACCACCCAUGCUUUUCCCAUUUGACAUCUGCAUCUUUAUCUGAGUGCCUUCCAGAAAGGCGCUGCUUUAAAGGCCCCAACACCUGGAAGUUGGAACAUCCACCCUUACAGUCCAUGUAAGGGUGGAUGUUCCAACACUCCCCACUGACUGUGUUGCCCAAAUCCUGUGUUAGGAGUCCUGGACAUAUGUCACAGAUUACUGACUUCAGGUAGUGUUCAGCAUUUAUUGUGGACCCACAUUUAAUUAAGUCAAUUAAAAGAAUGUCUUUGACAAUCUCAAAAAGAACUUGCCAUGACCUUCCUUGCAAACAAUGUGGCCUUCAGUGUUUUGGGUGUAUGGGAUCCAGGAUGCUUCCUCGUCAUUGAAUUUCUUUUCCUUUUUGAGGUGUCAUGAUCUACCCAUGUCUUAUCUUCCAUCACGGUCCUGUUCAGAAAUGCUUUACCUUCAUUAUGGUAAUGCAUUGGCAACUGCAGGCACACUGCCAUUUGUAUUGUCUUGUGCAGCUGUGCCCUUCCAUUAUGGGACACAUCCUGAAAUUUAAGCUUUUUGCAGAUGAUUUCAAGCACAGUCGUCUUGGUCAAACCAGCCUCCUAUGGAAUUCAAUUUUAAAAUGCCUGUUUCAUGAAACAUUGCUCAGUGCAUGUAAUAUUGUCUUUUUUACUUGUUGAUGGUCUUCUGCCACUCCUUGGUUCAUCACUAAUGUUCACAUGACCAUUUCUUAAUUUAUUACAUCAAAAACAAACCCAUUUCUUUGACAUCACAAGCUCUUGAUGAAUUUCACUUGUUCCAUUCAAUUUUGCUUGCAGAAACCGAAUAACUAGACAGACUUUCGCGCCCAGCCACUUCUGUAGUGGCACCACUGUUUUGGUUGACUUGCCACUUGUAAACAUUGGCCAUUAGUUUUCAGGAACACUGGAUGUGUGGCUUCGGUGAUUGGCACGUUCAUUGAUGUUGAAUAAAACACGUGGCCGCUAACCUUACUUUGAAUAAACCCCUAUUGUGGUGUGGUAUGAUGGUUUUACUGUGUCAUAUGCUUGUACAUUGAUCGGCUGCAGUCAGAAACAGUACCAAUGUGUGGAUAGUGUACGAAAUAAAACAUUGUGCCAACACUAGAAAUGGACAGUAUUAGAUUUUUGUGUUGGCAGUUGUGUUAUGUCACCACAUUUAUGUGAUAUUUAAGGCCACACACACCUUCCUCAGUUUGUUUAGAUUUUCAUAAACAUUGCAGAAAAGAGAGUUAUUGAUAUAUAGAUAUUGAGUAAAUUAAUAUUUUUCUAUCCUUUAAAAUAUAUUGCUGAUGCAGCCCCUUAAUACAGUCUUUGAGCGUGCUAUUCAAUAUAAUAUGCAGUAGUAAUUUUAGUAUGUACAUUUUCUUAACUUUGUGCAUCAUCCAAAUUAUAAAAUAAUAAAACUACAGAAUUUCAGAAUCUGGAUUCUGCUUUCAUCUACAGGUAAAAAAAGGAAGAAAGGCAACAGAAAACCUAACUGUUUGGCCCCCUGGUUGAGCGAGCCUCAGACUUCUGUAAUUUAGGUGAUGAAUGAAGUCCGAAAGAACAUUUGAGGUUCUCACGAUGGUGAGUACGAUAGUGGCUGUCUUCUGGGGUGUAGCGCCAUGUAGUCUGGUAGAAGUUUAGCAGCAAGGACUUUUGAAACAUUGAUAAACUUCUACCAUAUUACGCAGCACUUUUACCCAGAAGACAGCCAUAUUCCCAAAGAACAGUUUUACAUGGAAGAGCACACCAUCAUUAGAAACUUUGAGACGCUGAACAGUAAUUUUGUUUGAGAAAUGAAUCGUCUAAGAAUCAAGAUCUAGCCUGAGAUUAUUAUUUUUUUGUUUGUAAUAAUGUUCAGUUUGCAUGGUUUUGUGGAUUUAAAUCUAAGACAAUAGGAAUGACUUUAUGAAAGUUACAGUUUUCUUACCUCUGUUUUCAGAUUUGUGUAAGUAAUAAACAUAAAGGUAAAUAUUAAGUGAAUUUAUUCAUAGUUUCCAUAUACUAGAAUUCUUUCCAUAUGUAUGCACAGUUGCAUUUGCGUUAUCAUUAAAAUGUUUCUUUUUAAUGAUUAUUGACAUAACACUUCAUGAGGUUUUGGUAAGCUUAUCUCAUACAGUUUCUUGCUUAUUUUUUUUUAAGGAAAUAUGUUGUGUAUGAUAGCUUUUGUUGCACUAGGGGAGGGUCAAACAGAUAAACCUUUGUUUCUGAUUGUGAGGUGCGUUGUGUGUUUGCGCCAUUGUUUCAAAAUGGGUAUGAGAGCAGGGUCGCUACAAGAUGCAUUGAAAUGUUGGUCAAGUUUUGAAAUAGUGGUCACGUGUCAUGUGAAAUUUUGAUCCCAGAUGAAGCAUGGCAGGUCAUGAAGCGAUGAGGGUCAUAAGCAAUGUAACUUCUGUGCCAUAUUACUCUUUAAUAUUCAGUAUUUUCAAUAAGAUAACAUAUUUUUAUAGUUCAAAUGACAGAGAAUGUAUGUAUAUGUAUAUAUAUAUAGUAUGUAUGUAACCAUGUUACUAUGUUAAUAAAAUUAACAUACCUA